AGGUGGGGAGGGACAGAAGUUGCACCCAGUUCAGUUGCUCCUGAGCCUCGCUGCCAGCGUGGAGGGGACUCACACUGUGCAGGGACUGGGCAUGGCUCUGGGGACACAUUUGAGGACAAUUCUGGAGUCACCCUCACCUCCAGGAACUGAGAGAUGCAGACUGAGAAAUAAUUCUAAGAGGUUUUGAGGAAGAGAGAAAGUAGCAAGCAAAGAGCUGGCAGUGAGAGGUGAUGUCACACACAGCACUGCACCGGCAAGGGCUGAGGCACAAACCCUGAGGUCACAGUGUUCCUGAAUGCUGGCAAACAACCUGAGAGCUGCUCCAGGGUCACUGGAAGCAGUGAGUGGGAGGCACAAGGGAGCUGCUCCGCAGGUGGAGAGCAGAGCACAAACGUGUCUUUCUGGAAGCCAAGAUACGUAAACUUUAUUUCUGUUUCUUUGUGACCAUCAGAAAAUUGCAACACCCAGCCAAACCCAAACCCUGUGUUUGAACGCUCCCUGAGCCCCUGCAUCCCGGGGCCGUGCCCACUGCCCUGGGCAGCUGUUCCAUUCCCACUGCCCUCUGGGGCAGAACCUGUCCCUAACCCCCCCGCCCCUCCCCUGCCACAGCCCCAGGCCGUUCCCUCGGGCCCUGUCGCUGUCACAGAGAGCAGAGCUCAGCGCUGCUCCUCCGCCCCCUGUGAGGAGCUGCAGCCGCCACGAGCGCUGCCCUCAGCCAGCAAGAAAAUCCACAACGUGGAAAUCUGCCGCUUUCAUUCGGUCAGCAGAGCAGCCGGUUGUAAACGAAAAUCAAUUCUGAGGUAGUCACACUUUAAGUGUCUCUCUGAGCAGACUUUUAUUACUUCUGCUGCCCGAGAAGCCCCCAGCCCCUCACAGCCCGGCCACGUGCAGCCCAGCCACGUGACUUCGGCACCGCCCACUUCCGCGCCGCGGCCCAAUCACCGCGCGGCCCCUCCGGACUACGCUUCCCAGCGUGCCCCGCGGCGCGGCCCCUCCGCCUCCUUCCGCCUUCCGCCUGCCGCAAAGUGUCGCGCCGCGGCUCCCAGGCUGUGCCGGUGGCCGCGGGCCGUGCCCGGAGCGAGCUCCGGUGGCAGGAGCGCGGGCGCCAUGGGUGGCGGGCGUUGACCCCGUCCCGCGUGGUCUGGGGCGGCGGUAUGGAGGAGGAGAGCAUGGAGGAGGAGGGCGGCGGCGGCGGGGGCUGCGAGGCCAUGAUGGACGACCAGAACCACAACAACUGGGGAGCCGUGCGGCACCUGCUGGGCCCCGCCACCGCCGCCUCUCUCGGCGACCGCCUCCUGCGCGGCCCCGCGGGGCCUCCGGCCGCGCCGCUGCUGCCCGUGGAGCCCGAGGCCAACGGCGUGCUGAGGGGCUGCGAGCCGGCGGGCGCUGCGGGCAAGGGGGGGCCCGGAGCCAUCGCCGCCGCCAUCAACAUCAACGCCUCCACCUCCAAGUUCCUAAUGAAUGUUAUAACGAUUGAAGACUAUAAGAGCACAUAUUGGCCAAAGUUGGACAGUGCCAUAGAUCAGCUUUUAACUCAGAGUCCUGGUGACUACAUCCCUAUCUCCUAUGAACAAAUAUACAGUUGUGUGUAUAAGUGUGUAUGCCAGCAGCAUUCGGAACAGAUGUAUAGUGACCUAAUAAAAAAGAUAACUAACCACUUAGAGAGAGUCUCAAAGGAGCUGCAGGCCAGCCCUCCAGAUCUCUAUAUUGAAAGAUUUAACAUAGCUCUUGGACAGUAUAUGGGAGCAUUGCAGAGCAUUGUGCCUCUUUUCAUAUAUAUGAAUAAAUUUUACAUAGAAACCAAGCUUAACAGAGACUUAAAAGAUGACCUUAUAAAGCUGUUUACGGAACACGUUGCAGAAAAGCACAUUUACAACCUAAUGCAAUGGGUACAGAUGGCACCAGCUUUAUUUUCUAAAUUCAUCCCAAACAUUCUACCCCCUGCUGUGGAAUCUGAGCUUCAGGAAUAUGCUGCUCAAGACCAGAAACUUCAAAGAGAACUUAUGCAGAAUGGGUUUACUAGAGGUGACCAGUCACGGAAGAGAGCUGGAGAAGAGUUAUCUUACAAUGGCUCAUCAGCUUGUGCAAGCUCCAGGGGGUACAGAUAGUGAAUAUACUGGAUCAGCUUCUAUUCCUAGCCACAACAGACACUGGAGGAGCGCAAGUGAUAUCCGGAGCCUUCUUUGGCAACUGAUGAUACUUGAGCUCUGACACAAACUAUGCCUCGAAGAAGAAUUUUGGACUCUCUUCUUCAUAUAAUAAAAUGUCAGUUGCUGCUACAAUUGGGGUGACUUUGAAAGACAUAUCUCCUUGGUCUCUCAACAAGUUAAUGCUCUACGAUUAUUGUGAAGAACGCACCUUGAAAAAAUAAUCCUUUCAAAGUGGGAAUGGGCAGCCGAAAUCAGCAGCUUCCAAAAGCAUUAGAAUGGAAGAACCUUUUUUGCACUCUUUUCUUAAUAUUAAGGACGUUCUUAAAACUAGUUAACAUGUCAGUGUAUUAGUUUUUAAACUUCAAGGUAUUUUCUGGAGCUUUUGAUUAAAUAAUAGGAAUAAAUUUUCAUUAUUUUGCAGUAUUUGUUUGUUAGUAUAAAAAUUGUCACCUUUUAAGAGUUGGUCCCAUAUAUAUGUAUCUUCUGUCAGGGAGUUUUAAAUUCCAGGUUUUUUUCUUGUUAUUUUGAACUCUGCUUUCCUAUGUGUUUGUACUCUGUGCCUUCAGCUCGUGCACUUUGCAACUUUAUAGACCAUAUUUUGUUACUGCAAAAUGUGUUCUUGAGGAAAAACUUGAUGUGAACAAACAUGCUGCAAAGUUGCACUUUUCUCUUGCAUCAAUAGGAGGUGAAUUUAAAGUGGAAGGAAGAAAAGUUGAACCUGUUACCAUCACGAAUCGUGACUCAGAAGCUUGUCCCUUUUCAUUUUUUGUAUGUGUUAGUGUUCAGUGCUGGGACCAACUCUUGUAGAACCCCUCUCUAACUCUUCAUUGGCCUCCAUAAUUGCAGUUGUUUGAGAUGUGAAUUUCAGACUGAAGGGAAAUACUAAGAUGUGUUUUAGGCUGUGUCGUGUGGAAACAUUAGUUGCCAUGGCUAAAUUUUUUAGGGUGGAUUGUGGAAAAAUUCUCCACUGUGGUAGGUCUGUAAAGUACAUCUCCAUCAGCACAAACCAGAUUUGCACCUGAUUGAUCAGUGAAUACCACCUGUCCAAGAUCACUUUGUGUCUUCUGUGUUAUUGCUCCUUGUGCAGGGAUGUGAUGGGGGUGCGAUGGUGGAUGUAGUCAGAAUCAGGGAGUUCAGGAGUGGUGUAACGCAUGCAUGUGUACCUGCUUCCAGUCCUGUGUGGGUUCAGCAGGAGGUCCAGCUGAGUCCUGUUCUAGGAGGUCAGGACCUGUGGUCUGAAUCCUGAUGAUUGUUAUAUGAGUUUUUACCCAUAUGUGGCUAAUGUAAUUCCUUUGAGGGGAAAAACAUACUUGAAAGAGCAGUUUGACUAAGUUUUUUUAAUACUAUGGAUUUAUUUUUAUCACUUUUAGUUACAAAGAUAAAUGAGUUGGUAAUAUAAAAUCUUUCUGAAACGAAACAAAAGUUUAUUCAGUUAUGUCUUGCACAACUUUUAUUCCUGUUUAAAAAAAACAUAACAAAAACAACAAAACAGAAACUCCUGUAUGCUUGCAUGUGUUCAUUCUGAAAUGCAGGAAAAAGAUUUAAUAAUAAUAUAUGCGGCAGGGAUAAACUUUCUUUUUCAUUAUAUUUUGUAGCCAGAAUUCAUGUAAAUGAGUUUAAUGUUAUCAGUUUCACAUCAACCAUUUUGGCAAUACCUUUAAUUUGGAGGGGGAAAAAAGGGAGAAGGAAAAGGACACCUUGACUGACAGAUUCCAGUGUGAUUAUACCUACGUAUUGCUUUGCAUGCUUGCAAAGAAAAUUUAAUUUUGAGGAAGUUUUAAAAUUAAAAAUGAAUGCAUCAGUCUUUUGUUUUCCAGGGAGAACAAUGCCAGCAGUCAGACCCCAUGCCUAAUAGUGGAAAAGCAAACCAACCUGAAGAGGGAUUUUCAAAUGCUCAUAGCAUUUGUUUCAACUUUCUACCAACCACUUAAGUUGAAGCAACAUUAAACAGAAUCAGGUAUUUUGAAAAACGUUGCUGGUACACAGUGGAGAAGUUAAUGAGCGCUAGGAGGGAACAAAAAGAGAUUUGCCAGCUUCCUGAUUUGUAUCAGUUUUGGCUUUAAACAAAAAUAAAACCACUGAUAGUGUCCUUAGCUUUAAAAAUCACUCUGUGCUGAAAUGACAACACUCGAAUUCAGAGUAGAUGUGUUAACCUAACCUGGUUAAAGUCUGUUUACAACUUCAUUCUCAUUCAUGUAGUACCCUAAGCAAGCUCUGUCAUCUUUGUCAACCGAUUACAACUUUUUCUGUUUUUCAAGUGUUUUUACUGGUUUAAGUUUGUAAAUAACACAGUGCUUUUGCUUCAUGGUUGAGGCAAGAGUUUUAACAUUCAUUUUAUGUCGCAUUAUGCUUGGGGCACAAACUUCUAGGACAAUAAUUCCUUCAGAAGGUAAAGCAUUCUUGUCGGUGUGGUUCACUUCACGCGCACUACAAGCAGUGCUUGGAUGCUUCUCAGUCCUGUGCAGCAUUCUCACUUGGCCAACAUACACGAGAAAUCUGUUUGUUAAGCACUGUAUUACGUUGUAAAUUUGGCAUUAAAAUUUGUGUGUUUUGGCAUUAUUAACAUAAUGCUGAAAUAGUGUUUGUCUAACGCUUUAUCGUUGUGACUGAGCAUGAAACAGAAUACAGCAUACUAUACUAAAUUAUUUGUUUCUCUGUAAACUUGCAUUUUACAGUAAAACUAACUCAGCCACCUUGAGCAUUGGUACUGUAAAGCCACAACAACUAUGAACAGCAUGAUCCUAACUGCAGUAUUUAAUUUAACCAAAUAACUUGUGGUAAAUCCGUUGCAUCUGUAGCUUACUCUGUUAAGAUUAAGCAGUAAAGUUGGUUAUGCAAUGGGUGUCCUCUCUAUGUUGCACUGGUUCUAUAGCCAAACUUGCUACAUUAAAAUAUUUUUAGAUGAA